UUUCCACCAACUGGGUUAGCCUGCCUUUUUGCUUUCAUUAAGCCAAAAUGGCUCUCGCUAGCAAGCAGAUUAACCGUGCCGCCAGCGCGGUGAGCCGGCGCCUGAUGGCCCGGCCGGCGCUUGUUUCUGGACGUGUGUCGCGUUCUGCUCGCAUGUCCACCGUUUGCAAAGUGCACAAGAUCUGCGUUCUGCCUGGCGACGGUAUUGGCCCUGAAAUCAUGAAGGUGGCGACCCAGGCCCUUACCGUGGCUGGCUCGAAGGAGGGCGAGCAGUUUGAGUACAAGGAGUGCCUGAUUGGUGGCGCUGCUAUCGAUGCUACUGGCAAGCCCCUGCCCGACGAGACUCUCGCAGUCGCGAAGGAGAGCAAUGCGGUGUUGCUGGCUGCCAUCGGCGGCUACAAGUGGGACACCCUUCCCAGCGCCCAGCGCCCCGAGCGCGGUCUGCUGGCCAUCCGUGCCGGCCUCAACGCCUUCGCCAACCUGCGGCCCGCCAUUGUGCCGCGUCAGCUUGCCGACGCCUCCCCCCUGAAGCGCGAGCUGGUUGAGGGGGUGGACAUCCUCAUCGUCCGCGAGCUGGUGGGCGGGAUCUACUUUGGGCAGCCCCGCGGUUUCGGAGUCAACGAGAAGGGCGACCGCAUUGGCUACAGCACUGAUGUGUACAGCGAGCCGGAGAUCGAGCGCAUCUCGCGUGUUGCCUUCGAGGCGGCUCGCAAGCGCGGCAAGCGGCUGUGCAGCGUGGACAAGAGCAAUGUGCUGGAGGUGAGCCAGCUGUGGAAGGAGGUGGUUAUCCGCGUGGGCAAGGACUACCCGGACGUGGAGCUGACCCACAUGUACAUCGACAACGCGGCCAUGCAGCUCAUCCGCAACCCCAAGUACUUUGACGUGGUGGUCACCAGCAACCUGUUCGGUGACAUCCUGUCCGACGAGGCGUCCAUGCUGGCUGGCUCGCUGGGUCUGCUGCCCUCCGCCUCCAUCUCCGGCAGCGGCCCCGGCAUCUACGAGCCGGUGCACGGCUCCGCGCCCGACAUCGCGGGCAAGGACCUGGCCAACCCGCUGGCGAUGGUGCUGUCGGCCGCCAUGAUGUGCAGGUACGACCUGGCCAUCCCCAAUGUCGCUGACCGGCUGGAGUCGGCGGUCAACGCGGUGCUGGAUGCGGGCCUGCGCACCGGCGACAUCUACAAGGAGGGCGUUGCUGGCACGCGGCUGGUGAAGUGCAGCGAGAUGAGCGCUGAGCUCAUGAAGCACAUCUAAAGGCUGUAGAGCGAAGAGAGCUGGAAGUAUAUGAGGAUAUGCAUGCGGGUGAUUGUGUGAAAGGACGGCGCGGGUGACAGGGACGGAACAGGGAGGUAGAAGCGGAGGCCAGGCGGCAAGAGAAGUAGUCGCUGGGGGGCGCUCAGAGCUGUGGGGGCCAGCAGGGUUGCAGGAUUGCCGAGUGGCGCUGUUGCUGGCAGGGUGGAGGUGGAGAGCAGUGGUGUGCUGCUUGUUGAGGGGCGUGUGAGCCAGCAGGGGCUGCGCGCGGUCCACAAACGUGUGCGUCGACUCGCGUGCGGCGUGCUAUGUUGAGAGGUGCGCGCGCCGUUGUUAGAAGGUUGGCUGAAGUUGCGAAGGGUUCUGAGGAGAGGGGAGUGGACCGAGCUGCAAGGGAGGGUCUCUUUCUCGGAGGCUACGCCUGUUUUGACGACGAAGUGGCCAUCUUCGCGGCACCCCCCAUACCCCCCAUCCCCUUGUAACAAAGGAGCGCAGAGCGCAAGA